AUGGAAUUUGCUGUUGUAAAAUUUUCCAAAGACGGCACUUCUUCGGAAAUUCCUGUGAAAUGGAUAAUCGGAACAUAUGAAAAAGCAAGACAUCUUGCUGAAAAUUUGAAUUAUACUUCAGAGGACGACGGUCAAUCUGGAAGAGGAAGAAGAACAAAGUUCCGUAAUACGCGAUAUCAAGAUACUUCUGAUGAUGAAAAUAAUAAUGGACGGUUCUCUUCAUUAGAUUUACCUCCAUCAUUGGCGACAAAUACUUCUCCGCAAGAAGAUAAUACUGAACUUAACAUUAAUGAGUUACCAAUCAUUUAUGAAGAAUCACCAACAAUUGAAAGAACUACUACUGAAGGAACUCGUGACUCAUUCAAUGAAGAAAAUGUGCAAAUAGCCCAAUCUCUCGACCUUAACAGCUAUCAACAAGGAUUGCUAAAUUUACAAGAAUUAAAAGAUCAACUUUUUUCAAUUCAAAGAAUUGUUGUCAGAUUGGAUUUAAAAAUUGACGACUUAGCUCAAAGAGUAGAUAAAAUAGGUCCUUUACCUAAACUAAUAGGUACCACGAAAAAUAUACAAAAAAUAUUACCACUCAGUAGCCGAGAAGCAGUUGAUAACUUUGAAAAGCAUUUAGAAAAUACUACUAUUAUGAAUGAAUUUCUUAUUUAUAUUGAUAGAGUUUGUGGUAAUACCCCUGAAGAAAAUGUAAGGCAAAUUUUCUCCGAAGUUUUUACCAAUGAAUUCGCCAAAAACCAUACAUGGGCUGGGAGGAAAAAUAAAUUUUGUGAUUCUCAGUUGAAAAUGAUCAGAACUAUGAAAGAUAAAAUAUCAAGUGAAUGGGCUGGAUUCCGUGAAAAUAAUUUCGAUCGAGAAGGAAAAGAGUGGUUUCGAUUGGGAAAUCAGAGAUUCACUCGAGAAGAAACGAAGAAAUGGUUUUUUUAA